AUUGUUCCAUUUGACUGAUACUUUUGUAUCUAAAUUUAUCUUACCAGAACAAUUUCGCCAGUUUUAGUCUAUGGUUGAGAGACGUUUAAGGGCUGAUGGACGGCAGCCCCUGCACAGGGGAAGAUGAGUUAAAGGAUGUUGUAGCAACAGACGAUAUUGUAGACAGUUACACUAUCUCAUGGGACCAGAAACUUGGCGAGGGUCUUAGUGGAUUUGUGAGACAAUGUGUUAACAAGGAGACAGAAGAAGUGUGUGCAUUGAAAUGCUUACCAGACACUCAAGCGUCCAGACUAGAGAUAUCUCUGCAGCUGCGAGUCAGCGCUUCAUCCAAUAUCGUCAAGAUUUUAGAUGUCUUUAAAAACACGAUUCAGCUGCCGAACAGUGAAGAACCCAAGGAUAUGCUACUGGUUGUCAUGGAGAAGAUGAGUGGAGGUGAGCUGUUUGACAGGAUUUCCAAGAAGAAGAGAUUUACGGAGCGGGAAGCAUGUUGUGUUACCAAACAGAUAGCGCAAGCGUUGCAGCAUUGUCACAACAACAGUAUAGCCCACCGUGACAUUAAACCUGAGAAUCUGCUGCUCAAAGAUCACGGCCCUGACAUGAUUGUUAAACUGACCGAUUUCGGGUUUGCAAAGAUUGACCACGGUAAUCUGACCACGCCCCAUUUUACGCCUUACUACGUCUCACCGCAGAUCCUAGAGGCGUCAAAGUUCCAGAAAGCGGUAAAAGCCGGCCGAGUCCCUGAGGGCUGCACAUAUACAUAUGAUAAAAGCUGUGACAUGUGGAGUUUGGGGGUUAUUCUCUACAUCAUGCUAUGCGGCUAUCCUCCAUUCUACUCUGAAGUUCCCAGUCAGCUCUUUUCUCGGUCCAUGGAACAGAAAAUAUUGCGAGGAGAAUACGAUUUCCCGGCCAGGGAAUGGGGAAGGGUUUCCCACGAAGCUAAGACUAUCGUCGUUAGACUGUUGAACGUAGACUCUGAUCGUAGAAUGACAGUUGACGAACUGCUGAACUCAGCAUGGCUCAAUGUCGUUGAACCUAACGACAAUAUAGACCUACACGACAGUGGUAUUAUGAGGAAUCCGGACAAGUUGGACAAGUUCAAAGCAGGGCACGCAGCAACACUGCACGAUCUACGUGUACCAGAGAAGAAUGCCGAGCUUCGAUCUCGAUCAUUUCUCUGCAAUUCUACCUUUGUUGACAAAAGACGGCUCAGCACCCCGACCACUGCCUCUCCUAAGUGGGGCUAUCAACGUGUGUCGCCCCCUCCCGGCAGCAGCUGUACGGAGGCAAAGAGAGAAGAUGUGUUCUUAAGACAGCUGAGGGAUAUUGUGGGACAUCUCCUCAUGCCCCAGAAACAGAACCACGAGGAGGAGCUCUGUGUCAUGGUUCAAAACGCGUUAAAAGAGCAACCUGAGGGUUCCACCCUUCCCCGAGUAAUAGAACGGGAGACCUGGAAUAACGAAAAGUUCGGCGCGGGUCUGGAUCAUCUCAGGCUGGCCAAAUCCGUCAGCGAUAUCAUUCAAAACAUCCAACGGAACAAACGCAAGGGUAGCCCUCACUGACGACUGGCCCUGUGCUAGGGAUUCGAGAAUAAUUAAACAAAAAUCACGACAAGGAUAAUUGUUUAUGAUUAUAAUCAACUGAUGAUUAUACUAUCCGAAAAAAGAAUUUCUCAAAACAAAUGAGGAGAGAUUUGUUUUAUUAAUUUCAGUCCUUGUUUAAGGAGUUCAUUGGAGUCCGCGAAGUGUUUGCAUAAUUUGAGUACACAGUUUGAAAUGUUUAAUUUAAUUGUACAUAGAUCUAUUACUAGUAGGAACUAGGAGUUGCUGUCAUUGGUCAUAUGGCUGCACUGCUACAUGACAGCACUCAUCUCGUGAAAUGUGGAUAUACAGUUUAUUAGUGUGAAUUUUGAUCCGGUUCUUUAUGGUAGUCAAAUAUUAAUGCUUUUCAAACAAAGUUACAACGAGUUCUUCAUGUAGUGCAUCCUGGGUUUGGACAGGAUAUGCCCGUUUAAAAUAUUUCCAUCACGUAACAUUACAUAAUUCUCAAUAAAUGUAAUAGAUUUAUAGUGAUGUAAUUAGUUUAAAACUAAUUAUAUGAUUUCAAUUAAUUCAACACGAUUUUAUGGGAAGGCUUAGCUUUAUUUAAAAUGAAAAUUUAAAAUGUCAUGUUCAGGGAUAGAGUUGUAUUGUGUUUGAUCCUGGAGAACCAUCCGUUAAAUUACUUUCACAUACAAUUACAAAUCAAUUGUUUGCUAUUUGUUAUAACUAUCCAUGGUAUAUACAGAUAAGGGAAGAUAGUUUUGACUUUUGUUAAGUGUUUCUUACUGAUAUUGAUACGCUGAUGUUGGGUUAUAUUUAUAAGUAGUCUCAUGUGUAUUACAUGUUAAUAUUAUCACCUCAGUUUUAGCUGUAGUUCUUCAAUAA